GGGGGCGGCCACACGUCGUGUAUUCCGGCUCUACCUGCCCGUAAUUGCCGUUGCCAGCAUUUCGCAGAUUUUGUAUUUCGUUAACCUGUACCACUGGAAAUUUGACACCGAUGUGACCAUCAUACGCGGCAUUGCGCCCUGGACCAGCCCCUGGCAACACUUUUGCUAUCUUUUGGGCUAUAUUAUAGACCUCAUAAACCCGAUCAAAAUCCAAUACAGCCGCGGGCUGAAUGAACAGCUUUGGACCAUGCCUGCCAUUCUGCGCGGCUCAUUCAUCGUAUAUCUGUUGAUUGUGGCCACAGCUGCUUGGAGAUCGCGACCACGUCUGAUUGCCCUUGCAGUGCUGUCUAUUUAUUUUCUGUGGUUGGGAAUGUGGGACGUCUUUGCGUUCAUCGCGGGGUUGUGGCUAGCCGAAAACCAGAUAUCUGAGGAGAGUGACAUGGCUGAGGAUGGCGAAAAGGGUGAAUCAUUGCUACCGUCGUCCUCCCCGGCACCGUCUUCAUCUUCUCCAACGCGAUAUUUGUCGUGGUCUUCGCCGUCAACCACCAUGUUGAUCCGGAAAAAACUGAUCCUCCCAUUCCGCGUCAUGAAUAUAUUAUUCUUCCUCCUCGGAUUCUACCUUCUCUGUCUCCCUGAUGAUCCCUUCAUCCCUUACGGCUUCCGAUUUCUCCUGCGAUUCCAACCAGCUGGCUGGACCACCAGUGCUAAAAGCUUAUCUAUUCCGCAAUUCUGCUGGAAAUCCGUCGGGGCCGUGCUGACAGUCUACUCGCUCAGCAAUUCUCCCGCACUCCAACACGUUUUGGGGAAGUAUGGAAUAUUGCAGUACUUGGGGAAAAUCUCUUUCUCGCUGUAUUUAGUGCACCAGUCGGUUUAUCAGCUAUUCAGAGAACCAUUGAAAAGGCAUAUUUGGAGAAGUAUAGCUUGGUAUCAGUAUCCCGGAGGGGACUUGGCUGAUCGAGAACCACUUGCGUAUGCGGUGACCUGGAUUGUUGAAUUCAUGCUGCUUGGACCGCUGGUUGUCUUCGUGGCUGAUGAGUUCGCGAGAUAUAUUGAACCCAAGUGCCUCGCGGCAACUAAAGAGAUUGAGAAGUGGCUUACAAGGAAGUAGUUAUGCAUUAUUACUCUCGUUUUGUACAUAUAUGGGUUGGUGUUUACAAUUGCAUAGGAGUUGGUCUCAUAGCCUGAAUCAAAUCACAUUACUUAUUAAAUCCGCACUUGAUAGAGAGA